AUGCGCCGCACAGCAUCUGCCAGCACGAGGCCGGAACACCGCCCACACCACCGCGCUCACACUCACUGGGCCUCCCCCUCCUGCUCCCCCUCCUGCUCCCCCUCCUGCUCCCCCUCCUGCUCCCCCUCCUGCUCCCCCUCCUGCUCCCCCUCCUGCUCCCCCUCCUGCUCCCCCUCCUGCUCCCCCUCCUGCUCCCCCUCCUGCUCCCCCUCCUGCUCCCCCUCCUGCUCCCCCCUGCCCUUACUCUUGCUGGCCUUCUCCCCUCCUCCUGCCGCUCCUCCUGCCGCUCCUCCUGUCCCUCCUCCUACUCCUGCUGCUGCUGCGGCGGCUCCUUGUGUGUUUUUCUCAGAAGGAGAUGGUUUAGUGGCAUCAGCGGUGGCGGAGGAAGGAAGGGAGGCGAGGAGGCGGGAGAGGUUGCGGGCGAAGGUGGUGGUGGUGGCGUGCAGGGCGAGCAGCAGAGCCAGGCGGGUGGACGGGCGCGAUUGA